CAUUGAAAAAAAUAUACACUCAGUCAAAGUCAAAAAUGGCUGAGGCUUGUCAAAUAAUUCGAAAACAAGAUUUGCCCCCUCCUGGGGGCUACAAACCCAUACCAUUUAAAAGAAUCCCCGCUAAAUCAUAUUUUAGUGGCUAUGCCAUAAUCGCUGGUUACAUCGGUAUCACAGCUGGAGCGAUCUACCUGUACAACUUGACGUACAAACAGAUCAAAAAGAAUGAGAUCGAGAUGCGUUCGGCCAAGAUGGCCAUCUACCCGAUGUUGCUGGCCGAGAGAGACCGCGAGUACAUGAAGCAGCUCCGCAGGAACCGCGACGCGGAGGCCGAGCUCAUGCGCGACGUGCCUGGAUGGGAGGUUGGCACUUGGUAUGGCGAGCGGGUAUACAAAAAGUUGCCCCCUGACGCGUUGGUGGAGCCAAUCUUCCACGAGUACUACGCCCACAGUGACCCCCAUGACUGGUUCCAGAGAGCUUACCUUAAACUAUGGUCGUAAACAGCUCCCAUAAGCGUACAAGCUAUCAACUACAAUUAAAUUAGUUCAAUUUUGAAUGGUAGUAGCGUUCCAAGUAUCUGGCUGCCUCGAUAACUUGCAAAUAAUAUCAAGUAUGUAUCAAUUAUGGUUGUCUGCUUGAAGAAUUCAAUAAAAUAUUUAAUAGAGA